UAACUACCUUGUUAAUGGAAUAUUGGGGUCUGAGCGUUUUUCCAUCGGGAUAUAAGUGGGGUAGCCGUGGCAAUGAUUGGCCAGGACUUCCACGAGGCCUCCCGAGCGGACAUCGUCCAAUUGACGGGGCCACUGGCGAAAAUUCCCCAAUCAGGAUAGGCUCAGUUCUUCCGCCGCCUGGACCUUUGCCCACGAGUUUUUUUUUCUCUUCCCUCCUCUCUGUUCUACACAACUUUGUCUUCACCUCUUCCGAGUUGAUACAUUCAGAGACCAUAGGCGAGCGACUUCCGGGAGUUUUGCGCUCGUUCAGGUCUUCAAAAGCUCCCAUUCACGCUUAUCUACCCAUACCCCACUAUCUCGACCCUGCGAGAACCACUCUCGACAACGUUUAAUUUCACCUUCUCAGAACUACUCGGACAGUCAGUACGCUGGUCUCAUUAUGUCGGAUGCCAAAGAUCAAAUUACCGUUCAAGCGUCGGCCGCAACUCCGCACGAUAACUCCUCGAUUGCCCAAUUUCCGAAGGAUGGUACUUCGGCGGGUGUAGAUGCAAAUGUCCGUGAAGCGGACUCUGCCUCCGAGGAGGCUCCUGCGGACCAGAUCGACAAGAAAAAGAAAGGCUUCCUUGCGUAUUUUACGACAAAGGAGUUCUAUAUCAUUCUGAUACUUGGACAGAUCUUGGCAAUCACGAAUACAGCUACUAGUACUUUCAGUACACUCCUUUCAGAUAGAGGCACCUCGAUUCCGGCUUUCCAGACUUUCUUCAACUAUGUACUGCUGAACAUCAUGUUUACCCCGUACACGAUGUACCGUUACGGCAUUAAGGGCUGGGCCCAAAUGGUGUGGAAAACCGGCUGGAAAUAUAUCAUCUUAGCAUUUUGCGACGUCGAAGGCAAUUAUUUCAUCGUGCUGGCAUACCGAUACACAACUAUGCUUAGUGCCCAGUUAAUUAACUUCUGGGCCAUUGCAGUCGUCGUCAUCAUCUCGUUCCUAUUCUUACGCGUCCGCUAUCACAUCACGCAAGUUCUGGGUAUUUUGGUCUGUAUCGGUGGCAUGGGCGUCUUGAUCGCAUCCGACCAUAUCACCGGCACCAACGGCGGCGAUGUUAGCAGCGGCGACCAACUGAAAGGGGACCUUUUCGCCCUCCUGGGCGCAACUUUCUACGGUCUCGCCAACACCGGAGAAGAGUACUUUGUCAGCACAGCACCCGUCUACGAAGUGUUGGGCCAGAUGGCGUUCUGGGGCAUGAUCAUCAACGGUGCCCAGGCCGGCAUUUUCGACCGUGCUUCGUUCAGGACCGCCACCUGGAACAGCGAAGUCGGUGGUUAUCUCGCCGGAUACACCCUUUGCCUGACCUUCUUCUACUGCAUGGCUCCGCUCCUCUUCCGGUUGUCGUCCGCUGCUUUCUUCAACAUUUCCAUGCUGACCAUGAACUUCUGGGGCGUCAUCAUCGGCAUCAAGGUCUUCCAUUAUACCAUCCACUUCAUGUAUCCGAUCGCCUUCGUGCUUAUCAUCGUCGGUCAGCUGAUCUAUUUCCUCGGCCGUCGGGUCCUGGGCGAAGCGCGCAAACCUUGGCUGGGUAAGAAUCAGGAACGUGGUGUAUCGGGUCUGUUCACUGCGAAGAGAAUGAUCGAUACUGAGGCUGUCGCGCCUAAUCAUAAUCCUAAUUUUACGACUCAUGAUUCUGCCACGGCCAAUAAUGAUCCUCGCACGUCACAUACUAGUCCAGUUUAGGGUGGCGUUUGGGGGUUUGUUAUCGUUUCUUGUUUUGCGAAUACUUCUUUUUAUUUUUCUUCAUACUCGGGCUCUAAUUCUGCUCUAUAUCUCUCUCCAUCGUUCUAUGAUCUUCCUAUAACUGCUAUUGCGCUGAGGUGUGGUAUGCUAUUGUGCAAAAGUUACUGUUUUUCCAUGUCAUCUUCGUUUUUCCAACUUACUGCGGUCUCUAUAUCCUCUGGCAUAUAUACUAGAGAUAGAAAAUCCAACAUUAUAUCAGACUUUGGUACAAUUCAGAAGCAAAAUCCCUUGUGUCUACUGUGACUUAAUACCGCAA